ACCAUGGGCAGAAAGCCAAGACGGCCAAUGGGUUUGUAAAUCAAGACCGACUUUCAUUGAACUCCACUAUAAAAAUUGUUUGUGUAGUGCUCGAAAGCAACGCCUCUUAAGAAAUAGCAAUGGCAAUAGCAUCAAGUGGUUCAUGUUUUGUACAGGGUUUAGGCUAUGGCAGGAGGAACAUGGUGUCACCAUCAUGUAAGCAGACCACCAGAAUUUUAAUGGCGGCUACAACUACAUUCCCUACUACCAAAGAAGCUGUGAUGUUGAAAUUUCGUGAGAGCAGUCACGGGCAGGUGAUACAUUCUAUGCCACCUGAGAAGAUUGAUCUAUUCAAAUCUCUGGAGGGAUGGGCAAAGGAUAACAUUUUGCCCCACUUGAAACCCGUGGAAAAAUGUUGGCAGCCUUCUGAUUUUUUGCCUGUUGCUUCCUCUGAGGGCUUUGAAGAUCAGGUGAGAGAACUGCGAAAAAGAGCUAGGGAAUUGCCAGAUGACUACUUUGUUUGCCUUGUUGGGGAUAUGAUUACAGAAGAAGCGUUGCCUACUUAUCAGACCAUGCUCAAUACUCUUGAUGGUGUCCGUGAUGAGACUGGUGCAAGCUCAACCUCUUGGGCUCUGUGGACAAGAAUGUGGACUGCAGAGGAGAACAGACAUGGGGAUUUGCUGAAUAAGUAUCUUUAUUUGACUGGCAGAGUGGACAUGAAACAGGUUGAAAGGACUAUUCAAUAUUUGAUUGGCUCAGGAAUGGAUCCAAGCACUGAAAACAGCCCAUAUCUUGGAUUUGUAUACACAUCAUUCCAAGAGAGAGCAACCUUCGUAUCCCAUGGCAAUACUGCAAGGCAGGCCAAAGAAUAUGGUGACCUGAGCCUGGCUCAAAUAUGUGGCACCAUUGCUGCAGAUGAAAAACGCCAUGAAGCUGCUUACACAAAGAUUGUAGAAAAGCUGUUUGAGAUUGAUCCUGAUGGUGCAAUGCUGGCCUUUGAAGACAUGAUGAAGAAAAAGAUCAACAUGCCUGCUCACUUGAUGUAUGAUGGCCAGGAUAACAAUCUGUUUGACCAUUUUUCUGCUGUUGCUCAGAAAUUGGGGGUCUAUACAGCCAGGGACUAUGUAGAGAUCUUGGAAUUCUUUGUGAAAAGGUGGAACUUGGAGAAAAUAGAAGGACUCUCAAGUGAGGGAAACAGAGCAAGGGAGUUUGUGUGUAAGUUGGCACCUAGACUCAGGAAGCUGGAAAGUAGAGCUGGGACAAGAACAAAGAACACGCAGAGUGUUCCCUUCAGCUGGCUUUUUAACAGAGAGGUUGUCAUAUAGAAAAAUUCAGCUGGUGUGCUCAAGACUUGAAUUCACCUUAUCACUCUGUCAUCAUUAGUGGUGGUGUUGCUAGGAUAAAAUUGAAUGCAGAGAAGUUUGAAAUUGCGUUUGUCCCAAGUUCGUUGUAGAGGGAAUGGUAACAGUAAUUAGUAUUUAAGGUUAGAAGUUAUGCCUGUUGAACUGUUAAUACCAGAUGAUUCUGUAAUUUGAAUUUGAGCUUAGAAAAUAUACAGUAAGUUCAUUGAGCACCCAA